CAAAAUGAGUUGCCUAUUUUAAUCGGAUUAUAAAGCCCCUUGAUUUAAGAACAGAGCCGUACUUAGGUCGUAUUUGAUUUUAUUUAAAUUUAAAAUUAAUUAAAAGAGUGCCAUUUAUUCUUUAUGUUUAACGUCAAUGUCACUAAUCAAUCAAAUCGAUUGAAAUUGAAUCCAAUGUUUUGAUAAUAAUAUUUUUUACCUUUAUUUGGUGUCUUAAAUUGAAAAUAAAUAAAAUAACUUCAUCAAAAUGGCUAAAGAUACUGUUAUGUACUCUCAACUUCAACCAUGGAGUACAGUUGCCGCAACUCCAUGUAUGGAACAAACUUCUGGUCCACCAGUUCCAACUAGAAUUGGCCAGUAUUAUCAAACUCCAAGACCACAUCCAUGGAGACCCACUUUAGGAUACGACAAUAUCGAAGUAACUCCACUGCCAAGUCAACCAAUAACAAACGCAAUAGUUGAUCCAUGCUAUACACCGUAUGGUAUGGCAACAGCACCAUUGAAAUUUCCAAAUUUAGUAACAGGAUUUGAACGUAAUCCUGCACACGCCGCAAGAGCUGCUUUAUACACCAGAUACACUCCAUUGGAAUGGACUCAGAACAAUUUAAAGUUAUAUAAUGAAACGGAUACAAAUAGAAAUUAUUCAGAACGAUUAAGGGGCGAGUUUAUAAGAGUUAUGAGAGAAACUGACGAGAAAACUUCUCAAGGUCAAAGAGAUGCUGGAAGAAGAUUAGGCGAGCGAAUCACUGAUACCACAUUUUGGAGAAAUGAAGUUCAAACGGAAUUAGAUAAAUUGAUCACUGAGCUUGGUUCAACUACUGGUAUUAAACAAGCUUUGGAAAAGGCAGUUUUAGACAUUGAAGGGCCUUUGCAUAUUGCUCAAGAAUGUUUAUACCAAAGAGAAACGAGAGCUGGUAUGGAUUUAGUACACGAUGCGCCCGAACAAUGUCUUCUCAAAGAAGUUGAAUUAUACAGGAAUUCUCAAGAAAAGAUUAACGAUAUGUUAAGUCGACUUAAAGCUCAAAUGAAAAAUGGAAGAGCCGCUCAACAUGAAUUGGAGGUUGACGUUAGAAGUAAAGAAUCUGCUUUGGGUAUUGAUAACAUGUGUCAUCAAUUGAAUAAUUUUUCAAGAGGGAUUAAUUAUUAUGGCGGAAUUGAAAAUUUUGAUCCAACUGUGAGUACAACAACAACAUGGGCAGAAAAAAGUAAUCGUAUUGUAAAUCGUUCCCAAGCUGAACGUGGAAAAACGGCGCAAAUUCGUUCCGAAGGAGAAAAUUUACUAAAUAAUGUUUCCAGUCAAAUUUGGGACCAAUGGAGUAACACUAACAACGCUUUGGCGAGAAGAGCUGCCGAACAACUUGAAACUAAGAGUAAAAUACAAAUGCAUCUCCAUAAGAUUCAACAAGAAAUCUUUGAUAUUGAAAAGAAUUUGGAAUUACUUCGAAAAGCGAUUUUGGAUAAAUCGAAUCCUAUGAAAGUGGCUAUGACUCGAUUAGAAGCAAGAACGCAUAGAAAAGAAAUUGAAUUAUGUAGGGAUAUGGCUCAAGAUAGACUUGUAACAGAAGUUAAAGAUAUACAAGACAGCAUAGAAUAUUUACAUAAGAAAUUACAAGAGGCGGAAGCUCAACAUCAAGAAUUAUUAAAAACGCGAUCCAAUUUGGAAACAGAACUUCAUAAUAAAGUGAGCGCGUUGUUUAUUGACCGGGAAAAAUGUAUGGGGAUGAGGAGAUCUUUCCCUAUAACAGCUACAAUUAAAUAUUAAUAACGGUUAUUGGCUCUCUUAAAAAAUGUUUAAAUAGUAUUGAUCAUUGUAUUCAUUGUUAUGUAGUAAUAAAAAUAAAAAUUUUAUGUCCUUGCUAAA